AUGCUGCUGCUGCUGCUCGUGGCCAUCCCGCUGCUGGUGCACGGCUCCAAGGCGGCCGCGCACUACGAGAUGCUGGGCAGCUGCCGCAUGGUCUGCGACCCCUACCCCGAGCUGCCCCCGGCCGCCGCCGCCUCCCCGCCGCCCUUCCUGCCCGGGGCCAAGGGCGAGCCGGGCCGCAAGGGCCGCUCCGGGCUCCGCGGGCCGCCGGGGCCGCCGGGGCCGCGGGGACCCCCAGGGGAACCGGGCCGGCCCGGCCCGCCGGGACCUCCGGGGCCGGGCCCGGGCGGGUACAUCCCGUCCUUCUACAGCCCCAAAAUCGCUUUCUACGCCGGCCUGAGGAAGCCGCACGAGGGCUACGAGGUGCUGCGCUUCGACGAUGUGGUGACCAACGUGGGCAACUACUACGAGCCCUCGAGCGGCAAAUUCACCUGCCCCCUGCCCGGCAUCUACUUCUUCACCUACCACGUCCUGAUGCGCGGCGGGGACGGCACCAGCAUGUGGGCCGACCUGAUGAAGAACGGGCAGGUGCGUGCCAGCGCCAUCGCCCAGGACGCCGACCAGAACUACGACUACGCCAGCAACAGCGUCAUCCUGCACCUGGACGUGGGCGACGAGGUGUUCGUCAAACUGGACGGGGGCAAAGUGCACGGGGGCAACACCAACAAAUACAGCACCUUCUCGGGCUUCAUCAUCUACCCCGACUGAGCCCGGCACCCCCGGGACACCCCAAUAACCGGGACCCCCCAAAUACAGCACCUUCUCCGGCUUCAUCAUCUACCCCGACUGACCCCAAUUCCAGAAUCUUCUCUGGCCUCAUCAUCUACCCCGACUGACCCCCCAAAUUCCAGAACCUUCUCGGGCUUCAUCAUCUACCCUGACUGAAACGGGACCCCCGGGACCCCCCAAUAACCGGGACCCCCAAAUUCCAGCACCUUCUCUGGCCUCAUCACCUACCCCGACUGACACCCAGCAUCCCCCGGACCCCCAGAACCCCCAAUAACCGGGACCCCCAAAUUCCAGAACCUUCUCGGGCUUCAUCAUUAACCCUGAGUGACCCCUGGGGCACCGAGACCCCCCCGGUGACAGCGGUGACAUCCCCGACCCCCCCCCCCCCCCCUCAUGGCAGCACCCCCGGGGGGGGCGGGGGGUCCCAGUUUGUCCCAGUCUGUCCCCAAUAAAGGCGCCGGGGUUGGAUCGCA